AUGGACAGAUAUUCAGAGCUCAACCACUGUGGGCGCAACCGCAGCAUUCUUCUUGCAAAGAAAAUUAUAAUAAAAGAUGGAGGAAGUCCUCAGGGAAUCGGAGAGCCCAGUGUUUACCAUGCUGUGGUGGUUAUCUUCCUGGAGUUUUUUGCAUGGGGUCUCCUCACCACCCCGAUGCUCACGGUAUUACACCAGACAUUCCCCCAACACACAUUCCUGAUGAAUGGGCUCAUACAUGGUGUCAAGGGCCUGUUGUCAUUUCUGAGUGCUCCACUGAUUGGUGCAUUGUCAGACGUAUGGGGACGCAAGUCCUUCCUGCUGCUAACGGUCUUCUUCACAUGUGCACCCAUUCCACUGAUGAAGAUCAGCCCAUGGUGGUACUUUGCAGUCAUCUCCAUGUCUGGUGUCUUUGCUGUCACCUUCUCUGUGAUCUUUGCUUAUGUGGCCGACAUCACGCAGGAGCACGAGAGGAGCACAGCAUACGGUUUGGUAUCGGCUACCUUUGCGGCUAGUCUGGUCACCAGCCCGGCAAUCGGCGCGUAUCUGUCUGACAACUAUGGUGACACCUUGGUGGUGAUUCUGGCCACGGCAAUCGCCCUCCUUGAUAUCUGCUUCAUCCUAGUAGCUGUACCAGAGUCUCUGCCAGAGAAGAUGAGGCCAGCAUCAUGGGGAGCACCCAUCUCUUGGGAACAGGCAGAUCCUUUUGCCUCUCUGCGUAAAGUGGGCCAGGACUCCACGGUGCUUCUCAUCUGUAUCACAGUGUUUCUCUCCUACCUCCCCGAGGCGGGCCAGUACUCCAGCUUUUUCCUUUAUCUCAGACAGGUCAUAGGCUUCACAUCAGAGACGGUGGCUGCCUUUAUUGCUGUUGUGGGGAUCCUCUCAAUACUAGCUCAGACGGUGGUGUUGGGAAUCCUGAUGCGUUCAAUAGGGAAUAAGAACACAAUUCUGCUCGGCCUUGGCUUCCAGAUCCUCCAGCUGGCGUGGUAUGGCUUUGGCUCUCAGCCCUGGAUGAUGUGGGCAGCUGGAGCCGUUGCAGCCAUGUCCAGCAUCACGUUCCCUGCCAUCAGUGCCAUCGUGUCCCGUAAUGCAGACCCAGACCAACAAGGCGUUGUUCAGGGGAUGAUUACAGGGAUUCGGGGCCUCUGUAAUGGUUUGGGCCCAGCUCUCUACGGUUUUGUCUUCUACUUGUUCCAUGUGGAGCUGUCUGACACGGACGGCUCUGGAAAGGGUGCCAAAUCCAACAUGGCCAACCCCACUGAUGAGAGUUCCAUCAUCCCAGGUCCUCCCUUCCUGUUUGGUGCAUGCUCAGUGCUGCUGUCUCUGCUGGUGGCCCUGUUUAUCCCAGAGCACACGGGGCCCGGCAUGAGGGCUGGCGCCUACAAGAAGCACAGCAACGGGGCACAGAGUCAUUCUCACAGCCCCCAGGGAAGCGGAGCUGAGGGAAAAGAGCCACUGCUGGAGGAUAGUAGUGUAUAACCUCAGCUACGGGGGGGCAGACACCCUCGCUCCACCCUUGAACCCCUGCACACACUGACAGAUACACGCAUUUUACCACAUGGCACCCGUCAGACUUGAGUGCCACGAAGAGGUGUCUGUGUCUUUGUGUCCACAGCACAAAAGUGGGCACCAGUUCAAUAGCAGCCCAUUUUGCUUUUUAAAGCUGGCUAUUGAGAGGACUCUCUAAAGACCCUGUGUGAAGAGAGUGUCACGCAUUUUUUGGGGGUUGCGGUGGAAAGGUGUGUGCGACUUGGCUGAGCUGCUUGGUUUCUAUAAAGCAGUAACAGUGGAGCAUACAACAGUUUGCUCCCCACCUGGUGCAAAACAGAACCGAAGUGAUUUGGUUUAGUGUGGGGUACAUCUCAAAUGUUACUAAAUCCCUGUGUGAUUCUUCAUAUUCCUCUAACCAGUGCAGUGUCAACUGUUUGUCCCAUCAAGAGUGUAACAAACAGCUGAGCACUUGUCUAAUGGUCUUUCACAAGCUAACUUUUAUUCUGAUGCUUGUUGUUGCAACUACAGCUCUGAUAAAGCAUCUAGGAAUGUUGUUCUUCCUCUGUAUGGACAGCAGGGAAGCACAGCAGCUGUAUACCUGUGAGAGGAAUCUCUGCACAGCAGUGUUGGAGAGGCACUGCCUGAUCUCUGUUAGGGUGGGUCAGCCAGUUCUCAUAUAGGAAGUUUUGUAAGACCACACUUUGUUUAAAUGUCCACCUAUUUUAGAGAGAAGUGUGUGAGGGAGACCACUGUUUAGCUGAAACUGUUUUCCAAUGUCUACUUGUCAUUCUCUAGAUAAGUAAUACAGUUUGAGUUGUAUAUUUUUCUGUUCAAACUGAAAGCUAGUUGUGCUUCAAGUUUUUACUCGAGAAACAAACGUCAGAUGUUGCCUUGAAAUAACUUCAGAGAUAUAUAAUAAUAUAUAGACAUUACAUAACCUGUAUGAAGACCGAGGUCUGAGGAGGCUCUGUAAUUGCGCUCUCGCUCCCAUCGGAGCCAUUACACUUUUUUAUUCCUUUGUUUUCAUGCCCUUCCAUUACAUUGUCACCUGACAUUUAUCACCAUCGAGGUUAAGGCUUGCAGAACCAUGGUUUUAUUUUAAAAGCCUCUGGACUUUUCAGAGCUUGAACACUGCUAUCAACAUGUCAGUGUUGACGCUGACUGUUUAUUGUAGUCUUUGAAUUAAAAUCAUAAGCUUCAAUAGAAUUAUCAGUCAUGCUGUGUGAUGUAAUGCAGUGGAUAAAGAUUUCUACAGUAGUAAUUGGAUAGGAACUAGAAAAUGUUUUCUUGCAGUCCUUGACUUUUCAGCAGCCAUAAAAGCAGCCAUUAACAGACACCGCACGUCUCUCAAACAGUAACUAACAACAGAUGGUAGAAAGUUUAGACAGAGCUGGCUUUUAACUCUCUUUCUGCAGAUUCCCCACAAAUAGCAGCAGCAGUUCAGACCAGUAGAUAAAGGAAUGUUGAUGUCACCUUCUCACAGGCAAGGAAAGUAGAUGUUUUGAUUUUAGCAGAUUUCACAGCUGCACUUCAAGGCUAAGGAUAGAAAGGUGGAAAGCAUGAGUGGGUUUGGUUCCACAUUUUGGUUGAGAGGUGCUGCCGUGUGUUGGCUGGAUAAGGGGUGGUUUGUUAAGGACAGGGAAUCGAACAGCAGCCCCAGGUUUUUCUGUGGGAGGUUUCACAGGUGGUAGAGUUUUGGACUGUGGUGCCUGCUACCUUUGCAGCUGCAGAACAUUUGAAGGCAGAGUUGAGCCUCACAGAUGCCAUAAGUUAAGAGAGUUGUGUUUUGGUAGCAGCUGAUAUUGUUAAUGAUGUAUAACGAUGGAUAGUUUAUUCAUCCUUGCACACAUGGAAAUAACAGAGCUCCCAUCUUAAUCUGCUAAUGCGGGUCACCCAAGCAGAAGAUAUAGAAACAGCACAAACCUAAAUUAAUAAAUAAAAAAA